CCUUAUCCCUCCGGCUUUCUAUGGAGCUCGUCUGAAAUCCCUUGUCCGCCCCCCUAUUCAAAUCGUCGCCGGACGAUCACACACUCUUCUCCCUUCAACAUCCCGACGAUCUCCCUCCCCCACCAUUAGAGAAGCUCCAUCCAACGAAUUUGAACCCUCAAAGGGAAAAAAAAUGAUAUAAUGUUUACCUUGGAAUGCUUCUUUCUGCCUUUCUCAGGUGGAACAAGGGGCUGAAAGGAUUGGGUUCAAAACGGUUGUAGUACUGAAUCCGUUAGAACUUCGAAUAUACUCCCCAAAUAUCGAACUCAUUCAGAGAUACUAGAUUUCGAAGUUCAAACUUUAAAGGGAGAAUGAUGGAGGGAGCAUGAUAUCCAUAAAGAAUAGUAACUGGGGAUAAAUCUUCAACUGUUCAUUUUAGCUAAGUAAGACUUUCUCCCAUACCGGGUUGAUUUUUUUUUUUUUGGAAAUAAGCAAAUGCAGAUUCAGACUCUUUCACCCCAGAACUACAUUUUCCGUCCACCCAAUUCCUUCUUUUCUCCCCAAAAACCCGCCUCUCUUUCUUCAACAUUUCAAUUCACAAAACUUCAGGGUAGUCAAAGGAAAGGGUCAUCUAGAUUACAGACCGGUUCGAGAAGAUACCGUGGUUUGGUUAGACCCAUUGGGGUUAGUUGUGAAAUGAUGCAAGUGAAUGGGUUUGAUGAUGGAUUUUACAUAAGGAAGUGUGUGGAGCUAGCAAGGAAAGCAAUUGGACGCACAAGUCCCAAUCCCAUGGUGGGUUGUCUAAUUGUGAAAGAUGGCAAGAUUGUUGGUGAAGGGUUUCAUCCUAAAGCUGGCCAGCCUCAUGCCGAGGUUUUUGCUUUGAGAGAUGCAGGGGAUUUGGCUGAGAAUGCUACAGCAUAUGUAAGCUUAGAACCAUGUAAUCACUAUGGAAGAACUCCCCCAUGUACUGAGGCACUGAUUAAAGCCAAAGUGAAGAGGGUGGUGGUCGGGAUGGUAGAUCCUAAUCCCAUUGUAGCAUCAAAGGGGGUGGCAAGAUUGAGAAGUGCAGGAAUUGAUGUCACAGUUGGUGUGGAAGAAGAAUUAUGCAAGAGGCUUAAUGAGGCUUGGAUUCAUCAAAUGUUGACGGGGAAACCUUUUGUUACACUUAGGUAUACCCUAUCUGUCAAUGGCCACUUUUCAGACAUGCUUGGGGAGGGUGUCACUGAGAGUGGUGGAUACUACUCUCAACUGUUGCAAGAAUAUGAUGCAAUUGUGCAUUCUGCUUCAUUGACUAAAGAGUUCCCAUUCCUUACAUCACGAGAACCUGGUGCCAACCAACCCCUGCAGAUUAUAAUAGCAAGCACUUCCUGUUCUCCAAUUCAACUUCCUGGACUCACUGAAGAAAGGGCAUCUAAGACAAUAAUAUUUACAGACCAAGAAACCACUGUAGAACCAAAAACAAGUCAAAAAGGAAUUAAAACUGUGGUUUUGGAUACACUAAGUUUGACUCCGAUUUUGGAAGAUUGUAAAUCCCGGGGAUUAUGUAGUGUUUUGCUGGAUUUGAGAGGCAAUUUAACUGAUCUUGAAGAGCUCAUUAGAGAGGCUGUUGAGCAGAAUGUGUUGCGAAAAAUUGUGAUUGAAGUGUUGCCACAAUGGGAUGAAUCUGAGACACGAAAUCUGCUCAUGUCAUUAAAUACUGAGGUUAAAAGACUUGAAGUAAAGAAUUUACAGACGAAGGUGUCGGGUAAGAGCAUUGUACUUGAGGGAUAUCUUUAGUGGAGGUCAUUGCAACCUUUGACUUCCUAACACAUAUGCCUAAUCAUGUUCUUGAAGUUUUACUUCAUUAGUCAUUAAUGUUACUGAGAACUUUGUCUCACCAAGUGUACAUGAAUUUGAUGAUUAAGACUUGAUUAUAAUUUUGUUUGGAUCUUAUGUUCUUUGUUUUGAGGAUUUUCUGAUUUUUGAUAUUUGCUUAAUGGCUUUGAACUAUUCAUGAGAAAGGAAAUACAUAAUAGAGGUAAUU